GUAACUGAGUUCAAUGUUUACAAUCGUCAAACAUGGCGUCUCCACCUCGAACAGAUGAUCAAAUUAUUAACGGCGAAGUUUCAGGACACAGCAGACCGCGAGAAUGGAUAAGAUUAAACGUUGGAGGAACUCACUUUCUCACUACAAGAACAACUCUGUGCAGGGAUCCAAGUUCCUUUCUGUGUCGCCUGGUCCAGGAAGACCCUGAGCUACACACCGAUAAGGAUGAAACUGGUGCCUACUUAAUUGACAGAGAUCCAACGUACUUUGGUCCUGUAUUGAAUUAUUUAAGACAUGGAAAAUUAGUAAUGAACAAGGAUUUAGCAGAAGAAGGUAUUUUAGAAGAAGCAGAAUUCUACAACAUUACAGAAUUAAUUAGAUUAGUUAAAGAGAGAAUCAGCCAAAGGGACAACCGGCCACCAAAAGCUGGGAAGAAACACAUGUAUAGAGUCCUGCAGUGCCAUGAGAAUGAGGUGGCACAGCUUGUCUCUACUAUGUCAGACGGAUGGAAGUUUGAACAAUUGAUCAACAUUGGAUCUCAGUACAGCUAUGGAAGUGAAGAUCACACAGAAUUUUUGUGCGUAGUUUCAAGAGAAUAUUCAUCUUCAGGAUCCCAUCAGUGCACCAAUGAUCGAUCAGACCAUAUUGACAUCCACAACUCCAAGGAUUGUAGGAAACUAAACUUUAUGUAUAAUUUGUCUGGGUCACCAUAGAGGCCUCUGCAUUUCCAUUCUCCAUGCUGGCUGCCUAUGCUGUCAGGGCUGUGGCUUGAUGUGCUGGUGUUAUGGACAGUGGUAAAACAAUGCUGGUGAGCAUAAUCUUCUCCAUGCAGAUAUUAAUAUUUCAAUAAGUCCCUUAACUUUUUUGUUGGCAUAUAUAUAUAUAUAUAUAUAUAUAUAUAUAUAUAUAUAUAUAUAUAUAUAUAUAUAUAUAUAUAUAUAUAUAUAUAUAUAUAUAUAUAUAUAUAUAUCAGAUUCAAAUUACAAAUCUUAAUUUGCACCUAAAAAUGAGUAUGCUUUUUACUAAUCACAAGUUUUAUACAUUCCUGUGUACUCAGAAUAUUUGGUAAAAAUAUUGUCACCUUUAUUCAGAUUAUGCUCAACCACUAGUUCUGUGUAGUUACCUAAUGUUACCACUCCCACUGAGUCAACACAUCAUAUGUUGCUUCAGGAUUGUUCUAUGCCCAGUUCUCUGAUGUGCCUGAGACAGCUUGCCAUGUAUUGUCUCUCACAGAGUCAACACGCACAAAGUGUCGCUUUAGGAUUGCUAUAUGCCCAGUUCUCUGAUGUGCCCAAGACAGUGUGGCUUUUGAGCCUGUUUCUAUAAAGUCUCAUCUCUGUCUUGAUAUCACACCAGGACAUACAGCAAAUGCUUCCAAAGUGGCGGUGGUUUUCGUACUCUUGCUUGCCUUACCUGUUAAUAUAGGAGGAAAAUGGUUUGACUACAUUUUGUACAUUAAAGAGACAGUUUAAAUACUUUAAUCGACAUCCUCCAGUUGUGAAACUAAUGUCUUGUUACAGUGUAAGUAAAUGGAACGUUGUUAAAUGAUUUUGACAAACAUUUAACAGUCAUAUGUGAGUGUUUUUCUAUGGAUGGGAUGUGUUUUUGAUAAAUUAUUUAAAUGUGUAGUUGAUACAAAAUCACUUUCCAGUACUCAUCUCAUGUCACAAUUCAGAGAUGUAUUAACUGAGACACAUUAGCCCCUAGCUAUAAUAUGAAAUGCACAAUUAAUCAGAAGAAAAUACGCUGGCAAAAAAAAAUAUGUUGUGAUGAAAUGACACCAACUAACUAUAUAAUAAAAAUCUAAAAAGAGUAUUGCAAAAAAAUGGAAUGAUGAAUCCUUUUUUGAGGCACAUUAUAUACACUAUUUUAAAUUUUCUUGCUGCACCUCUGGCAGGGAAGAUGUGUACCAGCUAUUUAUUUUACCAAUCUAACUUAAACAUUUGUCCACUGCAGUACAUUAUUUAUAAUUCAUUUGGGAAUGAACUUAUUUGCUUCUUUUAUUAGAACCAAUCAGUAUAUUUUAUAGAAAAUUUGUUUAAUUAUGAAGUUCUGUUGUGAUUUGAAUAUGUAUUGCCUCAUGAUAAUGUAAAUUUUCAUUGCCAAAGAAAAUACUCUUUGAAAUGUAAAUUGGCCCAUGGCCAUGUGAGCUGUACCUACUUGAAAAAUCUGAACAUACAUGCACUUGAUCAGAGUUUGCAGAUUUUGAAGUUUUAUACAUACAAGAAAAGUCCCACAUAACUGGCACCCAUGAAGAUUCUGGCAUGCUGGAUAUCAGAGUUUUCCAGUUGGUUGAAAUGUUGGUCUAUAGAUAACUGUCAUAAAUUCCAGCAUAUAAGGCCAGAAGCCUGUUUUGUUUCCAUACAUCAUGAAUUCACCUGUAAACCACAGAUAAUUAUAUAUAUAUAUAUAUAUAUAUAUAUAUAUAUAUAUAUAUAUAUAUAUAUAUAUAUAUAUAUAUAUAUAUAUAUAUAUAUAUAUAUAUAUAUAUAUAUAUAUAUAUAUAUAUAUAUACACACACACACACACAUACACACACACACACACACACACACACACAUUGCCAUGCAUUCUGUAUAGGCAUAUGAUAAAUUUUCUAUCUCUUAUUAGUAAUUUUUGGCACCAAUAUGGUACUGCUGCACAUCUUUCUUUUCAAUUCCAAACUUUUAAUACAAAAUAAAGAGAACAGAUAUCCAAGUUUCAACCAGAGCAGCUGCAAACUAAUUACCCAUUUGUGUUUCGAUGACAUGGUGUGUUGUCCAGUGAUUAUGGAUGUUGGGUCUCUGCAGCAGCAAAUAUCACUGUAUUCAUAGAUAUCAAGAUAGAAUAAGUAAGUAUAGCAUAUUGAUACCAUUAGUUUUUUGAAUAGUAUAAAAGUUUCUCUCUCUCUCUCUCUCUCUCUCUCUCUCUCUCUCUCUCUCUCUCUCUCUCUCUCUCUCUCUCUCUCUCUCUCUCUCUCUCUCUCUCUCUCUCUCUCUCUCUCUCCCCCCCCCCCUUCCUGAGUAAUGAAAAUUAAAGAUUUUACACACCAAAUUGUUGGUAUUGAUUUUGGCAUUUUGGUAUCAAUCAUACUAAUACUGUGAGAGAAAGGUAUAGCAACCAUCAGUAACUUCAAGAUACACAGUGAAAUUUUAAAUGCUGUUAUGCUUUGUACCCAAGCAAUUCCUUUGCCAAAUCAAGGCAAAUGGGUAAUGAAUGGCAUAGAGGAUGAAUGAAAAUAUUCACUAUAUAGAGGGACCUGAAAAGCCUGAUAUUUAAACAGGUGAAAUGCUUCAAGCCAGCUGUGUUUACAUCACAGCUGUUACUUUAUAUUUCUAGUCUAGUUUUGCAUUUUUUAGAUGAUAUUGUGAUUGAUGUCAUGGGCACGUACUCCAAUGACAUACGAGCAGCUAGCAUAGAACGGAUUGCCCAUAAGGUGUGGAGGUUGUCUUUUUCUUGCUGUGGUACCUUAUUUAUGAUCCCAGAAGUAAAUUGUAAAUUAUAAGCUUUACCAAAUACCCAGUUUGAACAUUCUUGCAUUCUAAUGUGAAUCAAGAAGCUUAAGUCAAAUACAUACAUCAUAAUUUACAUAACCUGAGUAGGAGUUCGUUUCAUAUUUUGUGAUUGACUUAUUUGUAAAGUAUUGGCCUAGAUCUGUUUUUUCAGCUGAAAAUUCAAGAUUGACUGAAAUGCCAGAAUGUAUGAUAACUUAUCCAACACAACCUCAAAUCUUAGUUGUAAACAAAAAAAAAUCAAUUUUCAGUAUACUUAGUAUGGCUCUCAUGUGCGUUCUUUCAUUCAUACAACAAAUCAUGUUUACUUUACUUUCAUAUAUUUUUUUUUAAAGAAGCUAACCUAUUUGCAGUUGCUAACAAGUUGCCCAACAUACUGGAUACAAAAGAAUCUUUGUCAAAUGUAGAAGAUCAGAUUCCUGGACCAUACCAUGUUACACAAAGCUACAUUUUCUUCCUGAGGGAGAUGUUAGUACUUUAAUACAGUUGUCAAAAUAUAUUUUAAAAAUGUACAUUAAUAUGUGGAUGUGGGUCAAUCCAGAGGAGUGGGAAUGUGUAAAACAGUUGUAACUUUUCUAUCAGGAAGGUCAGUCACUUGCAAUAAUGCAAUAGUCAAAGUCAUUUUGCACCAGACAAAACCUGGAUAGGUGAAUUGUUGUACAAGCAGUUUUGUGACAGAAGAAAUGCAAUAUCACCAACCUUCCAUUCUCUUAAAUGAACUUCAAGGAGUACGUAUGUACACAUCAUUUAGCAGGCAGACAAAUCCAGCCAGUUAUGGUCACUAAAUGUUACUUGUCAGAUACCAGAUAUAUAAAAAGAAUGCAUAAAAUACACAUUCCCUGUUAGUUAUAUACUCUCCUGACAGCAUUAGCAUUUCCCUCAGUAAGAAGCUUCUCUUCACUACAUAAUGCUCUUCCACCUUUUCAGAUAUUUGAUUAAAACUCAUGUACAUUUGAUAUACAUAUGCAAUGUAAGUGGAUUCAUCUUUCAUAUUUCACCUUCAUGCUGGGUGCAGACAUUUUCAACAUUAUAUAGUAUGUGUGUGACAAGUAAGAAAAUUCCUUUUAUACCAACCAAACUUGCCACUUUGGUGAUUGAUACAUGAGAGAAAACUUAACCAUUUACAGUUACUGACUCACAAUAUGCUGUUGUGAGUUUACAUACAAGUCUUUUAUAAGAGGUAUAUUAAGGAUGAACAAUAUGAAUAAUUGAUCCAAGUAAUUGUCAUCACAUUCAAGGCUGUUAAAGUAUAAAUUUCAUGAUUGGUCCUGGCCAUUGGCUUGCUUCCCUGCAGUGGCUCUUUGUUGAAUGUUAAGAUUACAUUUUUUUAGAGGAAUAAAAAAAAAAAAAUAGAACUGCAGAUUGAACAGUGGGCUUCUUGCUUCACCAGAAUGUCAGAUACCUCCAAAUAAAAUUUUGCAUAUGCACACACUGUACCAUCUUUAGACAGCCACUAAACACUGAUGUCUAGAAUUUCUCUCUCUCUCUCUCUCUCUCUCUCUCUCUCUCUCUCUCUCUCUCUCUCUCUCUCUCUCUCUCUCUCUCUCUCUCUCUCUAUAUAUAUAGCUGCUUGAGAAUACUAGAUUCCUGGGUACUAGUUAUGUGAGAAUUCUAUGUAUUUUUUAUUAUGAAAAUGGAUUCACAAAAAAAAACAUUUCUAAAUUAGAAUUAAUUCCUUCAUAGUUUUGACAUUUAGAUGUGGUCUUAUGUGGAGCAUGUCUGAUCUAGAAGAAAAGGGUAGAUAUCAUUCACUGUGCCAGCAUAUGAAUUUUUCUGACAAGUACAGACUAUCCUGACUUUGUUGCAGUAAUCUGAGUUAUCUUAUGUAUAUAUAUAUAUACUAACUUGUGACUCUUAAUGUUGACUAAAAAUGCUGAUAACAGUGUCUUAUUUUUUAGUAAAACUGUUGUUUUAU